AUGUCGUGGGCAGGCUUCAAGAAGAAUGUCAACCGCGCCACGACGCAGGUCAUGAUGAAGACGGGCCAUGUCGAGAAGACCAACGACCGCGACUACGAGGUGGAGGAGCGUCGCUUCCGCACCAUGGAGGCCGCCUCGCUGCGCCUGCAGAAGGAGGCCAAGGGCUACCUGGACUCGCUGCGCGCCAUGACCGCCUCGCAGAUGCGCAUAGCCGAGACCAUCGACGCCUUCUACGGAGACGCCGGCGCCAAGGACGGCGUGAGCAGGAGCUACAAGCAGGCUGUCGAGGACCUGGACGCCGAGACGAUAAAGGCCUUGGACGGCCCCUACCGGACCACGGUCCUCGAGCCCAUCAACCGCUUCUGCGCCUACUUUCCCGACGUCAACGAAUGCAUCAAGAAGCGCGGCCACAAGCUGCUGGAUUAUGACGCCCUGCGCGCCAAGGUCAAGAAGCUGGCCGAGAAGCCCGACAAGGACGUGACGAAGCUGCCCCGUACCGAGAAGGAGAUGGAGAUUGCCAGGGCCGCCUACGAGCAACUCAACGAACAGCUCUCGUCCGAGCUCCCACAGCUGAUCGACCUCAGAGUGCCCUAUCUGGACCCCAGCUUCGAGGCCCUCGUCAAGAUCCAGUUGCGCUUCUGCGCCGAGGCCUACAGCCGGAUGGCCCAAGUACAACAGUACCUAGACGCCGACACCAGAGAACAAUACGCACAAGGGCAUCUGGACAGCAGGGUCGAAGAGGUUCUGCAGGAGAUCAGGGAGCUGAGUAUCAGCGGAACGGUCUAG